AUGGGGGAUCUUACGUGGAUCUUCUUUUGGCUCUUCAGCUCUGCCUUUUGCCAGAAGUGGAAUCCAGAGGAAGACUGGUUCUUCGCUGCAGAUAUCAAAGCCAUGUCUCAGUUCCAGGAGUCAGUGAUGUUCAGUGAUGUGUCCAUAGGCUUCUCUCAGGAGGAGUGGGAAUGUCUUAAUGAUGCUCAGAGAGAGUUAUACAAAGAUGUGAUGUUGGAGAAUUACAGCAACCUGGUUUCAAUGGGAUAUUCUAUUUCUAAGCCCGAUGUGAUCUCCUUCUUGGAGCAGGGGAAAGACCCCUGGUUGGUUGACAGAGAAUUUACAGGAGACCAAUUGCGAGUCCUAGAGUCAAGAUGUGACACCAAGAACUUACUUCUGAAGAAGGAAGUUUAUGAAAUAGAAUCAGCCCAGUGGGAGAUCAUGGGACGACUUAGCAGACGUGACUUUCCAUGCCAUGCUUUCAGAGAUAAGUGGGAAUGUAAUGACCAGUUUGGAAAACAACAUGUUGCUCAGCAGGGACAUUUCCAUCAACUGACAUUCCCUCAUGAAGGCAAGCCCACAUUCAGUCGGCCUCCAUCCUACACAUUACAGCAAAUCACUAAUAAUAAAGAGAAAUAUUGUACAAGUAAGGAAUAUAGGAAGAACUUUCGGCAUGACUCACAGCUGACUGCCCACCAGAUCAGUCACAGCACCGAGAAGCCCUAUGAAUGUAAGGAAUGUGGAAAGGCCUUUAGACAUCCCUCAAGACUCAGUCAUCAUCAGAAAAUUCACACUGGCAAAAAACCUUUUGAAUGUAAGGAAUGUGGAAAAACCUUUAUUUGUGGCUCAGAUCUCAUGCGACAUCACAGAAUUCACACUGGCGAGAAACCCUAUGAAUGUAAGGAAUGUGGAAAGGCCUUUAGUAGUGGUUCAAACUUUACUCGACAUCAGAGAAUUCACACUGGCGAGAAACCGUAUGAAUGUAAGGAAUGUGGGAAGGCCUUUAGUAGUGGAUCAAACUUUACUCAACAUCAAAGAAUCCAUACUGGGGAGAAACCUUAUGAAUGCAAGGAAUGUGGCAAUGCCUUCAGUCAGAGUUCACAGCUAAUUAAACAUCAGAGAAUCCACACAGGUGAGAAGCCCUAUGAAUGUAAGGAGUGUGAAAAGGCUUUUCGGUCUGGUUCAGACCUUACUCGACAUCAGCGAAUUCAUACUGGUGAGAAACCCUAUGAAUGUAAAAUCUGUGGGAAAGCCUAUUCUCAGAGCUCACAACUUAUUAGUCACCAUAGAAUUCAUGCAGUUGAGAAACACUAUGAAUAUAAGGAAUGUGGAAAAACCUUUACUUAUGGCUCACAACUUAUUCAGCAUCAAAAUCUAUAUUGGUAA